CCUUUCACCCACCCCGCUGUGCUACUGCUCGCCAUUCGCACCCUCGCUCGCUCUCGAGUCGCCGCGCUACAUAUCGUCACUCCACUAUCAUAACCUCCGCCGAACCCAGCAUCUCGCUCGUUGCGCCGCCUGGCCCGGCACGCUAGAACAACACGACGCAGAGCGAUCGACUCCCCCUGCAUCCCCCAUCGAUCCUACAGCCGCUGGGACGCCGCGCUCAGUCUUCACUACCUCCACCAGGCCACCACUGUAUUCUGUCAUUCGUUUCAUCCGGCCGCAAGCUGGACCGCCCCUCGCUUCAGACCACGCCUUCAGCCCCCAUCUCCUGAGACACUGGCACCGCAGCCUCUCCCGUUACCCCUUCACCUCUGCAACACCUCUCUCGCUCCUCGAUCGAUCGCAUUGACUGCAUCCACACCCUAUUUAUCGCCAUGAGGCUCUCCAAAGGGCCGGCCCUCGGGCCUUUGACCGCUCUCUUCUCAAUCCUCGUUCUCCUCAUCGCCACGGCCGCUCAAGCCGCAGACACUGGUCUUCCAGACCUCAGCACAGUGGCGGCCCCCAGUGGAAAGGGCGCAUCGUCGACGCAGGCAUCUAGCGCUGCAACAACUUCGGCUUCAGCGGCCGCGAAAACAACUGGUGGCUCCUCCGUAGUUUCAUCCGCAGCGGCGUCGACUGGGUCUGUCGAAACAUUCCAAGUGACCAGCGGUCCCACUAUCUCCUCGACGACGACGAGCAUAUCCGUCUUCCACUUGACUGGCCUCCCGACCAUCGCGGGUGCCGGCAUCCCCACUGUCAUUGUCCCAGACCUUUCCAAGGCCUCCUUCAUGCAAAAGUCCAAUCUCCCAGACGGCACCGUUUUCAUCUGCGUUGGCGCCGUUCUUGGGUUCAUGGGGAUGGCUAUUCUGGCCUGGCGCGGCCUGGUCGCAUGGUCCCUCCACCGUAGCGUUAAGCGUGCUGCCAUGAACCAGCAUCUCGCCAUCACAGAGACCAAGGGUGCGUACGCAAACGCAGGCAGCGGCACUCGCAAGAGCAAAUCAUUCUACGCCGCUGUCGGAGCAUCCUCCACCAUGUCUCUCGACCGUCUCUCUGCUGCGCCCCCGCCACACUCCAAACCGCCCCGCCCCUUUUCCUCUGCGAACACGAGCGGCACACCCCCGAAGCCUACUCCGUCGUCCUCCCUCUUCUUCUCCCCCACCGCCGGCGCCGGUCUCCACUCCGCCGCAAACCGAUCUAGUUCAUAUCUGCCAGCCGGUUACUAUGCCUCAGGUGCCGCACAACCCGCCUCCGGUGGCCAGACCACUCACGUUGGAGGUGCAGGUGGACCCCCCUCCUCCCUCCUCUCCAUGGGUCCGACUGCAGCCGGUUACUCUCGUGCUCGCUCCGUUGGUAUUUCUCCACCUGGCUCUCCCUCUCUACCACCUAGCAGGGGCAACCCGUACGAUCGUCCGCCUGGCAGCCGUGGCGAGAGUGUUGGAUAUGCGCGUAGCAGUGUUGCGGGCCCGCUAGGAGGAGGUGUCUACGGGCACGGCGGGCUGAGUACUAGUAAUUUGAGCUUAAACCUACCAGGUGGGACGCAGGCGCCGGGCGGGAGGGCACCUAGCGCAUAUCUGGAGGAUCUCUUUGAAAAUCACGGAAAUGGGCCUAGGGAGAGGUUCUAAAUCCGAGUAGAAGCAGUGAAAAAACGGUGGGGCACAGAGAUUUGGGAUUUCAUAGCGAACUGUUGUCAACGGUAUAGGCAGUGUAUCUUCUUUUUUUGCCUAGCUACGGAUUGCCCGGGAUCUUCAUUCAUUUUUCAUUGUUAGGGCAUUUGUGGCGUUUCGUCUCACAUCUUUUCGGACGGAUAACGUAUGAUUGCUGUUCUUCGUGUUUCUUGUGUUAGCAUUGUCUGGCGGUCUGGGAUGCUGGACUGGCAUUAGUUCCUAGUAUUGCUAAAACGGGUAAGUAAUACGUAGGAAUUCAAUGCAACUGUAGAGUAGAAGUGACCAAUAUCACAACAGAACAAGAACUACU